UCGAGCUGACCCACUAAAGACAUAUACACACACGCUCGCACGCACACACACUCGCUCACUUCGCGGACGACAAUGAAGCUCAGUCUUUUCGGAAUAUAAAAGCUAAUCCCGAGGAGUUUGGCUACGCUUUGCUAAACCAGGGCUCGUUUGCAGUGCUGCUGGGAAAUUUGUGUAUUUUAAAAGCAAGGGAGAAGCCAUUGCAGAGCACAUGAUGAUGCCCAUGAGCCACGGCCAGGCGAACGGCAACCUGCAUGGCUACCGAAUGGGCAUGAAUGGCCAGCAACAUGCUCCGCAGCCCGGCCUAAGAGCCAUGCCCAAUGGACAGAUGAUGCAUUAUGGGCAUCAGGGUGCCAUGCAGCGGCCCAACAUGGUGAUGAAUGGGCAGAUGAAUGGAGGCACGAUGGGUCAUCACCAAAUGCAGUCAUCCAACAUGAUGUACAACAACCAGGGUCAGCAGCAUCAACAGCAUCAUAUUCACCAGCAGCACCAUCAAGGACAACAACAACAGCAGCAGCAGCAGUACAUGUCUGGAGGCCUCAACUCCCAGCAACUCAUGGCCAGCAUGCACCUGCAGAAACUGAACACCCAGUACCACGGGCACCCACUCGGUGCUAUGAAUGGGCACCAUGUGCCAAACGGAGCUCAGUUUCGCAUGGGUCCGACUCAGCUGGCCAAUGUGCAGCACAUGGGUGGUCCUGCACUGGGCCUCAGCGGCAUGGAUGCUGACCUGAUUGAUGAAGAGGUUCUCACAGCGUUAGUCAUGGAGCUGGGACUGGAUAGAGUGCAGGAGCUGCCAGAACUAUUUCUGGGACAGAACGAGUUUGAUUUCCUACCAGACUUUGUCAGCAAACAACAACCCAGCACUGUCAGCUGCUGAGGCGUAUAGGAUGAGACACUGAAAGGGUGAACGAUGCAGUAAGAGGUGAUAAUUACCCUGUUCGUAGUCUUGGAGAGAACUGUCUCUGCAAAGUAGAGAAGAACGGGCAGAUGUUUCUCUGGUUCACUACUGGCAAGAUUGGUGGAGCUCCAGCCAGAGCUGUAUCCCUUUUGGGAUGGGGUAGUAAAUAAUACUCUUGCCCUUCCAGACAUGAAUGUAACAGCAUUGCUGAACUAUGAGCUUGGUGCAGUGUGAAGCGCUCCUAGUUCUCCUAGCAGUUUUGCAUUCACAUGUAACUUAUUUAUGUUCACUCAGUACCAACAUAGAUUGCAAAGCUUUGCUGAGGAAGUUCUGUGCAGGAUGUUGUCUUGCAGUUUUGACUGGGGGAUGGGGUUUGGGUUUCUAAAAUGUGUAACUUCAGGCUCUGUAGUCUUAUGGUUUGGUGUUGAACUGGGAGGUUCUUAUUUGUAAUGAACUGGUCACCAACAGUAUUAACUGGAUUAAUCAGCUAUAUAUGUGCACCAUUAGAUGUACCAAGCAAACCCAUAUAGAUAUAUUCCAGUAUCUACUGUGGAUUUUGCCAUCAUAAAUGUAGAACUGCCUUAUAUAACACAGUUUUUAUUUAUUUUGUUUCAUUGACCUUUUGAGGGUAAGAAGGGGUCAAACAUUUGGCUUUGCUCCUUUUGUUAAUAAAGAUGGCCAAGCUUUAUCUGUGGCCUAAUUUUAUGUUCUCUCUGAAUUUACUGGAAUAACAGAGAAUGCUGCUGAAAUCAAUAAAUAGGCCAUGAGUUUCCAUCUUGUGUCCUUUUGUAGUAGAGGCUUUAACAGUGAGCUUCUCCUUAUUUUUCAGUCCAGGCAUGAUUUCAAGAGUGAUGUAUCUACAAAAAAAGUAGGCACAAGCCAUAUUGUCUGUCUUCUUCUGCUUCUGCUUGACACCAAAUGGUAGCCUCUAGUGUGCACUGAUCCUCUUGCAUGCUAGUCAUAUUUUAAAGGUUUAAAUCUAGAUCAUUCUACCCGCUUAUCUGUUCUAUUGAUCAAACGUGAUCCAUUAGGUGUGUAUCUUGACUUUGUGACCCAUAGCCAAGCAGAUUACCACAUAAUGUAGUAUGUUUUUACUUUUAAACGAAUGGUGUAUGUGUGUUUUGUUUGGUGGGGGGUGGGGUGGUCAGCGAGAACAGUCCAGGUUAAUCUGUACUUACCUUAACUACACAGGCUCUUCAUUUAUGGCCACAGGCUCCAUUUAUGGCCACGUCCUGCUCAACCUUCUGGAGGGGGUUGCAAUGGCAAGUCGUUAACGCUCCUUUGUCAUUUCCUGCUUCUCAAAGCGGGUGAGGGUACAGCAGGACAGAGGUUAUGUAGAUGCCUAUAAUGAACAUGCUUCUCUAAGGAGAACAUGCAGGCAAGUUGAAGAUAAUUUAAUAGAACUUUCAGUUUCUGGAUCGAGCACCCUAGAACAUGUUUAUUCUGCCCAGGUCAGCCAAUUUGUGUUGUGCUUGAGGCGUGAACUAUAAUGCUGUCACACUAUAAAUAUACAGUAGUCUUACUAUGUAUAAUUGACUUUUCCUGGCUUGACAUUUUAUUUUCUGGAAUGGCAAUUGGAAGCCAAGCUGACCCUCACUCAUGGCUGCCUAGAUAUCAGGGUGGAUACAACUGGUCCUUUGCCUUUUCUCUUGCUUUUGUCUGAAGAAAAUGUAUUUAUUUUAAGCAAUAAUAAACUAUUUUAUUUAUGGAACAAAACCCUCUGGAUGAUGUGUGGUUAUUGUUCAGACUGAGAGCUUUGAUUAUUACAUAUUUGUUAAUUGCUUUCUGGUCACGCAUUUAAAAUCAAAGUGUGAGGUUUAGAAAUGAAUAUCCCGAGUUGAUCUUUUGAAUUGAAUGAAUGGUAGGGGUUUUCUGCACAAAGCUGCAUCACCAAUUUCUGCACCUUUGGGGAAUUCAGCUGCCAUUCUUGCCUCUCACUGCAAUUUGAAACUUGCAGACAAGAUUGUGUGUGAAUUAGGAGAAGGCUUGCCUGGGCUAUGUAACGGCUCUUCCCUUUCCGCUCCAAGUUUAUCCAGAAUCUUAGAUGACCGCUUCCCACCCAAGCCACAAAUUGUCUGCUAGAUAGGAAAUGGGUGUGAACAAUUAUUACACACUGCAUUUGUCUUAGCCCAGUGUGAUGCUUGGGUAAUAUUGCUUAGACAGCCGUGCUUUCAUUGACUGUAAUUAUUGUGCAUCAUGAUUGUUCAUUGUCAUGAUCGUUAUCCUUGAAAUAGUUCGUGUUCACGUUUGCACGUGUCGGUUUUCGACAUGGGAGCCAGACUAGACAUAGACUCUGCAGGGUGUGACGGCAUAUAUUUACAGUUAACUGGUGACUGUUUUUCUCUUUCUCCUGCCUCUCUUGGGCCACCCACAACAACCGCUAUACACGCUUCCUGUGAGUGCUUACAACGUUCUCAGUCUAAAUCAACAACCGAAAACCCACCACAGUAAAACACUGAGGUCUUGACAGAGUUACAGAACAACCAGAAAAAUAAAAGUGCGAUCACAAAUGACAAAGUUAAGAAGGUCUUGUUUUGGUCAUGGUCUGGGGAUUUCACCAUGGGGUUAAACCCUGAGUUGAACAUAAUCCCAGAUAGGGGACUCCUCAAAUGGCACUCUGGUUUUACAGGCAGUCUCACAGGGUUUGAUUUCCAGGCAGUACGCGGUACAUCUCAUCUGAGUCACCCGGUGUCCCCGUCCGCCUACUCUUCUCGAUAAGUAAAAUGAGAUAAGGACUACUAUUCUGUAAAUUAAUAUACCUCAACACAGCCAGUUCCAGACACUCCAUAAGGUUGCAUCUCUGAGUAUAAAUUACUACUAAAUAAAACUAUUUUAAUAGCACCACUGAUUAUUUUAAUGGUAUAAUCAAUGAAUGAUAAAACCACUGUUGUUUACAUAAGCUAUAUGAUGGCUUCCAAUGAUUCAGCCUGAUGUGAUCAUCAGUAGCACAAGCCUUUGCAAUCAAUAAAUGAGCAAAUCGUUUAGAGCAUUUAAACAUAAUUUCCUGUGGAACCAAUUUGAAUGUUUGGAUUUCCAGGUCUAUCAAUUUCUUCAGUUUUUAGAAAAGUCUUGUUUUGUGUUCAUUAAACAUUUCUAGUCUUUCUAUAGAGACCUUAAUCUGUAUGGAAAUAAACAUAUAUGGGCAUUUAUAGGUUCUAUCUCGUCAGUUUUGUCUAUUUAAUUUAACUGACCUGAUGGAUAUAACAAUAGAAAAUCAUCAUCAUGAUCAAUUACUUCAUAAGAAUCAAUGAUUUUGUAUUUAUCAAUUCAUUUUCUUCUUUUAUUUUUGUAGCUGUUAAUUAUAAAUAGUAUUGUACUUAGAGCUUUUCACAGUAUUUACACAGCCUUUCCCACUGUUUGGCUGGCACGCUUAGAAAACCUACGGUGUAAAUCGGGUAUCGUGAAAAUAAAUGAGUGUGAUAUUUUUGCCGCAUUAUCCACACCGAAAGGUCACAGUUGUUUUCAUUGUUUACUAGAAAUGUCAGUAUCUACAACUAGCAAUGCAAAACAAGUUGGAGAACUCGUAGUGCAGCUGAAGAGCUUGACAUUCCCUUAAGAAAAAGUGUCUGCUAUUAGAAUACAUGUUUAGGCAUGGAUUAGCUACAUGUAUCAACAUGCUCUUCAUUUGGUCUGUGAAAAUGUGCUAGGCAUUGGCAAUGCACUGGGAUUUCACACAUUGAUGUGUGGAGUUUAGAAAGAUCCAGACUUCCUGAUCUUUUUGUGCAUCAUUGGUUAUACGGAUCACUGAAACUCAUCAUGUCCAAAUCUUGUUGAAAAAAACUUCCAUCAUGUUCCAGUAACUCUUCCUAAGUGAUAAGAUACAGCACAUAAUCAAUACAAGCACUGCUAAGCCUACGACUAUCUUUUCAGUUUAAAUGUUUAUGUUUCCAUGUCAUUUAUGUGUGGACCAGAAUGCAUAUGGCAGCAGUAAACGUGCAGGUUGGUCGGGGGGCUUAAAUUCAGGCCUUCAUACCCCCUUCCUGUGCCGUGGCCUGAAUUCUAGCCCCCUACGACUUGUGCAUUUAUUGCUGCCCGCCUUUCAUGUUAAGGGCAAUGUGUAAAUUAUUCAGUUGCCUGUGUGAAGUGCAGACCUCUGCCUGGCCAGCUAGAACAGGUUGAGGCGGGAGUGGCACGGUUUGUUUGCUUGUGCUGUUGUGUGUGAGUGUGUGUCACCCUGCUGUGUCUCCAUGGAACUGGCUUUAAACUCCUAUGUGGCUUAAUUUGACUGACACAUUCAUGGCUAGAGAGAGUGAGCUCCUCAACUAUUACAAGCCACCUUUACUUUUUUUUUACUAUUAGGAAAAAGCAGAUCAGCAGGUUUUAUACACACACAAUCCAAAUGUUUUUUGAGUACUGUGGCCAAAUUACAAAUGCAGUCCAGACUGAGCAGGUUUAAUGUCUCACCUGCUGGAGAUUACUGUAACACUGACAUGAUGUGCAGCAUCAUCAGCAUUUCUACAACUGCAUAACACAUUUGUCUGACGUUAGCAGAGGCAUCUUGUGCAAAAAAAUGUGGAUGUUCAGAUGUUACGAAAGCAGGAUUGCCCCAAUACUGUUCAACAUGAUGAAAAUAUGGACGUUAACAUGUUGGUUUGAGUUUGAGACUGGACUUGGCUGGACUUCAAUUAGUUCAAUCUGAGAAAUGGAACUCUGAUAUAUUAUAGUCAAUGCAUGACACUAAUCGCUGCACUGGGCCACGUCUAAUCUUAACACGUGUAACUCCAUGCAACAACAUGUUUCUUAUGACUUCCCUUUUAUUAUUAUUAUUAUUAUUAUUAUUAUUAUUAUUAUUAUUAUUAUUCUCUGUACUUAAUUGAUUCCGUCUCUUCAGGUCUCAGUCCUAGCUCGGACAUGAUUCACUUUUGUUCUUCUGCUAAUCACAUUUGACAGCUAUGUUGGCAGAACAAUAAGCAGCCUUGUAUCUCAGUUUCUGAUGCAGGGAUACUGUGGUACAUUUCUGGUCAGAGGAGGUUCGCAGUGUGUCCAGCACUUAAUAAUGAAUCAUGUGACACUCAUGCACAUGAUUUACUAUGCUAUGGAGCACACAUACAGUAUAUUGUGUGGGUUAGGCCAGUAGCCUAAACUGUCAGUUGUUUCUUCCUUCUUGUUGUGAGAAUGAUUUGAGAUUUACAGUAUUUUCUAUCUCUCUAAUCCAGCAUCUGAGGGCUGUUUACAUGUAUCCUGUUAAAACCAACUACACAGUUCUCAUGAAUAGUUUGUCAAAAUAAGAUAUGAUCUAGCAAUGCGUCUGCACUGAUGUGGUAAUUGGGUCAUUAGUUCCGCAGUUUCAUGAACAGUCACAAUGAAGCAGUGUACAUAGCAAUGGGAUCUUAUGUGUUUUGAACUGCCACCGUAAUUAAUAAUUUUUUUGCUCUGUAGUUUGGGAGGUUCAGCAUUUAGCAUAUAUUAGAAUAAUUAUAUUAAUCUUCUUCAAGGUUAAGUAGGUAAGCUGAAUGUAAAAGGUAACAGUAGAUGCACAGACAAUAACACAUGCAUAUGUCAUGGUUAGGAUUAGAUGUAGUGAAUUAUCGGGUGAAUCCAGAGAAACAGAAUAAUGUAAGUGCGGUAGAUAAAUAUGAAUUGAAAUGUAAAUACUGAAUAAAUGCAUUUUUGAUAAUAUAGCUAAUAAUGCAAGACCAUUUUAGGGUCUCUGUGAAAUAAUUAUUUAGGGACGUUUUAAAUAUAAAUGUGUUAAAUCGAAAGGUUUGAGAUGUUUUGCAAUUCAUGUGGCAAUGUAUAGAAUUUGCGAGGGGCAAAGUUUGAGGGGUUUUUUUUUUGGCUGUCUUAGUUACAUGGGCCUGUUAUCCCUGUGGAAGUUAGCAUUGAUGUAGUGUUAGUGAUCAAACAAUCUGAAGCUACUUAUAAAGUAAAAUUACAAAGUUUAACCAACAUUUAUUACAAGGUGUUCUUUGGGUGUAUUUACAGACUUACAGAUGUUUAAGAAAAGGAAGAUAGGGGGGGGAAAGCACAGCACUGAAUCACAGCAAAAUUAACAGGACAAAAGUUGAACAUACCAGCAGAACGAUACUGGAAAAUAAAUGUUACAUUAAUGAAUUAAUUUCCAGGAAAAUUCAAGUGCGGUAACAUAACUUGCCCCAGUGUUAUAUACACAUGCAACAACAGAAAGGAAACAGUCUAGUAUAAAAAUGCAGUAAUUUCAGUAUGCCUAGUAAAUAAAUAAACUGAAAAAGGUUUUAUGUAUUCCUAAUGACAUUAACAGAUGCGUUACACAAGAGUGUAUUUGGUAAAGAUUUCAGAACCAUGCAAUACUGUGUGGAGUUAAUACUAUGGCAACAAAAUUACUUCAAAAAGGAAACACAAACAUUGUCUACUGAGAUAUUUACCUCGUAAAUAUUUGUAUAUAGACUAUACAGGUUCAGACUUAAGUUACCUGUAUUGUUCAAGUAGUAAAACACUAUAAACAGCUUCAUAUACCUGAGCUGUCAGAAUGAUUAAAUUCAUCCCUGAUUUCUGCCAGCAAGGAAGCAUUCUGUUGGAACGUGUCUUUCUGUGGUUCACCAAGCAUAGCAUGGGAACAUGCAUACAGGCUGAUAAAGCUGCUCUUUAAUGCAGAAAAUGUGUGAGAGCUUUUAUGCACUGAGAUAGACAAAGAAAUCCUGAGAAACUACAAAGGCUUUACUGCCCCCUUGUGUUGGCUCUAAACGUAUAGGUGAUACUGCUGAGCAUCUUCAAAAUGGUGAAUUGAAUAUACUCGUACUCAAGUCUUCCUGCAGGUCAUGAAAUGGCAUUCUUGAACAAAACACCAAACAAGAUGCAAGAACACAGUUUUAAAAUCUGUCAAACGACUUCAUAUUUUUAUUUCAGUCUUAUCACAAUGUAUGAACUCUAACAAUAUAGUAUAAAAAUGUGUAAAAAAAAAAAAAAAAAAAAAAAAAAAAAAACCAUUUACAAUUUAACCACAGACACAUACAAACGAGAUGCAGUUCAUCAUGGCAUUAAUUGCAGGUUAGGUGUAUAAGUAUGUAUAAAGUACAGUAUUAGAUAUGAAAGUGCCUCAGAGUGAGACAUGAAUUAGAACCAGUCCCAAAGUUCAGUGGGACAGAUCUAGUGUUUGUGUGAUCUCUGUUAAAAGAAUACUGUAGGAAAAAAUAUCCAAGCCCUUUUUGAUUGCAGCUACUGAGGAUAAAAAUAAGAAAGUAUUAAAAAAACAGAGGCCUAAAAAUGGCCUGCGUACUGUCCAUGCUGCUCUGAUCCUGCAUAGCUCAAGACCUGGCAAAAACAGCAACACACUGAACGUUGUGGAGAGAGAUGUGCGUUAAUUUACUGACCCUAUCAUGACAAGGGGGGUCGGGCUACAUGUAAUGGG